CCCCUACGACUAGUCCAGUACACGUUAAACUCUCCACGCAAAGAGCAGCUCACAACGCAAUUUGAUUGUAUUGACAAAUUGCCUCCAUCCAGAUUUAGCAUUAUAUACUAUUACUGUAUUACAUUAUUGGACACUUCAAGGAUAUUGUAUCGAUUACAGUUAAAGUUACAUUCAUCCCUGAUAAGUAUAACAAAAUUUGAAAGUGCGGCUUCCCUUAUCUGACAAUACUGACAUUAAUUUUGACGACACCCAUAUUCGUCUGCUUUUCAACUAACGGACACCAGACUAGAAGUACAAAAAGGAGCAUUUGUGGAUUCAACAAACUUGAGCACUGGUAUUUAUAAGAAAAUCUUUAUAUAGACUUCAUGACUGAGCAACAUUAAUUAAAGGGUACCAUUGUCUUCUUUUAAAACCACAUAUUGGACUAUGAAAUACUGAAGUUGACUAUAAUCAAAAAUUUUAGCCACAAUGCCUCUUCAACUUGUUAAAGAUUUGCCACCUCAUGAACAAGCUUUGCUGACCUGCAUGUUUUGCCACAGGAAGGAAGAUAAUGAAUUACAGUAUGGAAAAUUCUACACAAAUGAAAGUGUCACAGCACACUACUACUGCCUUCUUUUUUCAUCUGGACUUGAGCAAAAAGGCACAGAUGAAGAGGGUAUUUUGGGUUUUCUGAAGCAUGAUAUAAUUAAAGAAAGCCGACGAGGAAGUAAGUUGAAUUGUAGCAAAUGCAGGCAUAACGGAGCCACUGUUGGAUGUUGCAACAAAGCUUGCAAGAAAACUUAUCAUUUCCCAUGUGGGGCCGAGAGCCGCAUGCUCAACCAAUACUUUGGAGCUUUUAAUUCUUACUGUGUCAAGCAUCAGCCUGUUCAGAAUGUAGUUGUCAAAGGCAAUGGACAGAAGGCCACAUGCACUAUUUGCCACGAAGAGGUUGUAGCUCACCCCAACUUUGAUGUCCUAUGGGCUCCUUGCUGCAAGAAGCAAUCCUGGUUUCAUAGAGUCUGCAUGCAAAAGCUAGCUCUGAGUGCCGGAUAUUUCUUCAAAUGCCCGAUUUGCAGUAACAACACUUUGUUCUGCAGUGAAAUGAAACGAUGUGGAAUAUACGUUCCGGAGCAGGAUGCGUCAUGGGAAUUGGAACCCAACGCUUUCCAGGAAUUAGUGCAGCGACAUAACAUAUGUGAUCACCCUGUCUGUAUUUGUCCGAAAGGCCGGCAGCAUGAUGGCGAAGGAACGAGAUGGGAGCUUUUGCUGUGCUCUUCUUGUGGUUCAAAGGGUAUCCACAUUGGAUGUGGCAGAUUGGACUGGAGCACGAUGGAGUGGGAAUGUGAUGACUGCAGUUCGCUAGAGUCCCGGCGAACCAGUGCGAAUGGAUCUCCAACUGCCGAGGUGCCUGCUACAGUUCCGUUAGCAUCAUCCAUGCUGAAUCCCGCUGUCGCCGCCAGCACUACGGCAACUCGUACUGGUGUGAAACGGCCUCGCUCAGAAGACUCGACUAGUGAGAGUGAAGAUAAAUCAAGCAGCAGCAGUGAAGACGAGAGUGAAGUUGACAUCACUUCAAUCAGCGAUGCUGAAUCUCCGGACAGCUCAUUAGCAUCCCCAUCUCAUUCAGCUCCUACAACUUCUCAACCGUCAAGAAACGUUGCCAAGAGAGGUGGCCGCGGUGGUCCUUGGUCAUUGAGAGGUUCUCCUAGCCAUUCCCAACCAAAACGGUCGUGCAACUUUGAUAAACUUCGCUUCAAAGUCACCGACGAUGACAAAAAUAUCAUUGUAAUCUUUGACAACGAUGACAAGGCUCCGACUAAAUCAUACACCAUUCCGGUUGAUAAACCGACCUCUUCUCAUUAUCGUAAAAUCCGUGCUACCAGCAAGUGAAUCUUGAAAAUCGACUUUUUAUGCACUCUAUUAUCAAUCGUUUUUUGUAUAAGUAUGUCAAAUUGCCUGCCUUUGCGGCUUUCUCAAUUUCAUUUCCAUGUAUUUACAUUUACAAAUAAACGUGAAGAUCGGCUGGAUCUAAUUCACUAA